AUGGCUUUUUUAUUGGGACAUGCUGUUUGUACAGGUUCAGUAAUUGGAAGACAAUAUAUACUUAGUGCCGGUCAUUGUGUACAUGCCGGUAAUGGAAAAUCUAUUCCAGCAGAAUCUUUAGUCGUUUUUGUUGGGUCAGCUAAUCUUAGUCAAGCAACGCCUAUAAGCGUUGAAAAAAUUAUUUUGAGGAGUGAAUAUAAUGAUAGAAUUGAUGAUCAAAUAGGUUCUGUAACAACUUUUGAUAUGGCAAUUUUAAAAGUUAAAGAUAAAAAAUUUUAA